AUGGCUCCCAUCGCAACACUGCCUCACCUCGUAAAGCGGGACGACGACUAUGCAAUUCCACCGUUCGCCAUCAUCCUCCUCAUCAUGGUUGGCUCUGCGCUCCUUGUAUGCUGCGGCUUCGCUAUACACUCCGUCUAUGGCUUUGGUGAAGAUACUACCGGGAUCAAGCCAAUGUCCAACGAGCAAGAAGAAUACAUGAAUGAAGUGAGAGCAAGGAAUCUAGAAGCACUCAUGUAUGAAGGGGCAAAAGGGAGGGCGGAGAGGCGAACUUAG